CUGAAGUAUCAGCAGUUGAAUUGAGAGGUAUAUCAACUUGAUCUAUACUACAAAAGUAUAUGCAUGAGAAAUUUAUCAAACUCGAAUAUUUGAUUUUAGUACGAACAAUACUUGAGCUUGUCAAGAAUAGAACGUAUUAUAUUAGUCAAUUCGCUGAUACUAUUGGUUCUUUAGACGAAGCACUUCGAAGAACCUGUGGGAAAAAUAGUUAUUGCGAACUCUAUGAGCUUGCCGCGCUUAACAAUGUAUUACGAUGUGAGAUACAAAGCGUAUACCCCUAUAUUGACUAUCAUGCUGAGAUGAAGAUCAUGAACACAAUAUACAAGCCAGUAGAUACAUAUGCUUCAAAUAAGAGUAAACUAAUCAUAUUUUGGACCAGUACGGAAGAUGAGCUUUCAACAAGAAACCGUCUUGGUAGUGGUGGUGUUUGGAGUCCAAAUCAUUUUGUGCCGCUUUUAAAACCAUCUCAAAGGCACCGAACAGCAAGUAAAGAGCGCAGUCGUGCGAUCCCUCAGACUCCUGAAAAGCAAACGAUGAAGAAUAAUCAAGUUUCGUUGAUGCGAAGUCCUGAGUUUUCACCUCCUCCAAAUAUUCGAAAGCAAAAGAUAUCGUUUUCAUUAGUUGAAAAAUCGGUAUCAAAUUUAAAGACUUCUGAUGCUCAACGAAAACGGAAAGAGAGAGCUGCCCAAAGUGAAUAUCAGCGAAAACAACGUCUCGCUGCUGAUCGACUAUCGAAACGUAUUGCUCGGGAAAAUGAACCUGAAGAUCAUCGGCGGAAACGUCUUGCUGACCAGCAAGAACGAUCUGCAAAAAGCAGAUUAAGUAGAAGCAAACAACAGCAGUUAAACGCGAAAAGAACAAUGGAUCGACAGCAAUCUAGAAGAAAUUCAACCGAAACUGUAAAAAUGCAGCGUGAACAACAAAUAUUAGAAAAAGAACAACAAGUUCUGCUCAGUCAAUAUAUUUGGCCAUCAGCAAUUCCAACACAAUUGAAAAAUCACUGUUUGCAAGAUUUCUCGAAUUGUAUGUCCAUGUCAGUCUUAAAACAAUCUACAUGUAUUGUCUGUAAUAUUCGAGCGUAUGCUAAUACCAUGAAAGAGUAUGCUCUACAGGAUAUUCUAAACUUAGACCAAUUAACUGCUCAUAUAGAUCUCAUGAAAAUUAUCCGAAAAAUACAACAAGGAACGCAAGCAAACAAGAUGUGGAUUGGUGAUGUGCCACUCGAUCUCCAACUACUAACGAUUGCCGAGGAAAAACUAAUUUCUCUUUAUCGACACAAUAGCUGUAUUAUCAAAUUACAGUCUCCGUUUCAUCAUCAUUCCACUGCUCAAGCUGCACUCAAAGGUAAUGUGAUCACAUUCAUGCAUAACAUGCCAAACAUUGUAACAAGCUUGCCUUUCGAUGUGGAUGAUCUUUCUGACACAUUAAAAGUUAUUUUUAUCGGUGCGCAUACACCAGACCGCGUUCAGUUACGUAAGAUUUGUGGUGUGAGUCGACAAAAAAUUCGCAACGCUCUUUUAUGGUUAAAGAGUCACAAUCAUAUGUAUCAAGCGAUUCCUAUAAAUGAAGUAAAUAUUGCAAAAUUACCUGAAGACGAUGUUCCGGAAAGUAUCUGGGCUACCUUAGAGAGAAUAGAAAAUGCCGUUGAUAGCAAUGCAGAACGAACUGGAUUUACUGACGACCCAUUAGCAAACGCCACCGAUUAUGAUGAACCUAAUGCAGCAAACAUCUGUCCAAUGAAUACUAGUGCUGUAUUGGAUGUCAAUGGAACAACUAUCUCUUCAGAAGAUAUUGGUGUACAUUUACUUCGCAAAGCUAACAAAGAUUUAAUUAGUGCGUCGUCUGACUUAAUCGAGAAAUCUA